AUGUCUUCAAGCAAUUCAGAUAAAGAAGCACACAGAUCUAAUACACACCCUCGGAUAGUCUGUGGUGCUGUACCUAUCAACUAUCUCACGAAUCAGAUAUUGCUCAUCUCGUCUAGAAAACAUAAGGGAAACUGGGUGCUUCCAAAGGGUGGAUACGAGCUGUCUGAUGUACGGCUUGAGACUGCUGCAUCUAGGGAAGCUUUUGAGGAGGCUGGCGUGAUUGGUCAGGUCAGGAAUUUGGUGCUAUCUAUCGACGACAAGCGGCCGAUCAAAACACUGACUGAUAACGAUCCAUUCAUACCCAGAGCACGCUAUCACUUCUUCGAGAUAUCAGUUGACGAGCUUAGUACUCAAUGGCCAGAAUCUAAUGAACGCGAUAGAUGUUGGUGUUCAUUUGGUGAAGCACUUAAUAGAGUUAGCUGGAGGGAUGAACAGAGGGCUGCCCUCCUCGCCUGCAGUCUGAAUAAUAACAGUUCAAGUUCAAGCUAG